AUGUCGAGCAAGUUGGUCUCUAAUCUCAUUCCUCCUAUAUGGGACGUCGAUAUAGGACUCGACAAUGGCUCCCUCCGCGGGGAUGAUUCGUCUUCUUGCGUCCAGAAGCAGCAGAAGAAGAAGUUGAAGCUGUUCGGAGACGGCAAGAACAAGGUGCCUCUGGCCAACAGCAACACCGUCGAGAGAUCAUUGCUGGCUUCGACCCCUGACCCGCGCGGCCGCGACCGAGGGAAGAAGCUCUUCGAGUGCCAAUACUGCGCCAAGACGUUCGUGAACUCACAGGCCUUGGGGGGCCACCAGAACGCCCACAAGAAGGAGAGGAUGAGGAAGAAGAAGUUGCAGCUCCAAGCCAGGAGAGCGAGCCUCAACAGUUACCUUCAAGCGUAUCGAAAUUGUUACUCCUCUAAUUCUAACGGGGUCCUUGAUUUCAGAGGAGGGUCCAAUAAUGAUCAGUGGUAUAUCGAUUCUUCCUCAUGCUAUGUCUCUGCUCCUGGCAAUCCGUUUGCGGUCCCCGAUCGGGAGCCCCAGAUCAGCUUCGGUGAUGCGGCGGAUCAUCGAGAAGGUCUACCUUUCGGUGGAUCGACUCGAGUUCAAAACUGGCACGCUCCCGAUGUAUUACCGGCUAAUACCAGUUAUUAUCGGCAUAAGAAAUGA